AUGUCUGCAUCCGCUGUUUCUCAGGAGGUCAAAGAACCGCAACAACAGCAGCAGCAACAACAACAAUCGAAGCAACAAUCCAAACAGUCCAAGAAAGCUCAUAAGAAACUUUCAGAGGGAGAAGCAGAUUUAUAUCUAGACCAAUACAAUUUUACCACUACUGCAGCUAUAGUGAGCUCUGUUGAUCGUAAAAUCUUUGUCCUUUUACGUGAUGGUAGACUAUUAUUCGGUGUCUUAAGAACAUUUGAUCAAUAUGCAAAUUUGAUACUACAACAUUGUGUGGAAAGAAUAUAUUUAAGCGAGGAAAAUAAAUAUGCGGAACAAGAGUUGGGUAUUUUUAUGAUUCGUGGUGAAAACGUAGUUAUGUUGGGUGAAGUGGAUAUAGAUAAAGAAGAUCAACCAUUGGAAUUAAUGGAACGUAUAUCAUUUAAGGAUGCUUCUAAGAUUAAGAAGAACAAUGACGAGAAGAAAUUCAAAUCAGAAACUAAGAAGGGUAAAGAAUAUGCUCGUUUCGGUCUAAUUUAUGAUUUCCAUAAAUCGGAUCUUUAUUAA